AUGGCUACCAAGUUACACCUGCACUUGUUAUUGCUAAAAGUGAUUGUUCUGCAUGGGUUUUUUACACUCUACUCAUGCAUGAAUAUCCCAAGAAAUACACUUAGCCUAUUUCCAGAGGUUCCAACAAGCACAGCAUGGACAGAUAGGGCUCCAGAGCUCUCACCAUCAGUCUUGGAGUCUAUCACAGAUGUUAAUGGGGAAACAAAAAAGCAACCUGCCCAAUUGUUUAGUGUUAGUGAAGAGGGAGUUAAUGAAGAAAAAUCACCCCCACUGAAUGUUUUAGAAUUGAGCAUUGAAUCAGAAAGGAGUCCUCCAUAUCACCCUACAACAUCAGCUUGUUCAGCAAACAGCAAGAUGCAAAUGAAGGAAAGUCUUGGCCCAAGCUAUAUUGAAGUUGUCAAUUUUGUAACUCCUUCUGAGAGAGAUUCAGUAGUAUCCUCAAGGAAACUGAUAUUUCAAAUAAUCAAAAGAUUUGAGAUAUUCUCCAAUCCUGAGCAAACCAAUCAAGCUAGAAAUUUUUGGACCCUAGAGAAGAUUCUACCCUUUAUGUACUUUACUCAAUUUCAAAAACCAACAUCAGAGGUUUGGAAACGUUGCAUCAUGAUCACAUCUUUGGUAUUUUAUGCUUACUAUGAGAAGCAUAUCUCAACAGGACAUGACAUAGAUUACAAUUUGUUGGCAGAAUUUCUGAGGUGGUACACAGAGACCCUAUAUUACAUUCUACACCCAUCACUCAAAGGUUUGACAACACAACAAAAGGCUCCUAGUCAGGUUGGUAAGAAGGAGCCGGGAUAUCAUAUGGAUUCCAUAGCAGUAUUAUUUCUAGAAGUUCAUGAUGACUGUUUCUAUCAGAGGAUGUUCAGUAGAUCAACUUGGCACCAACGUUAUCCAAUUGCUCAAAAGAUAGUUUCCCAAUUUUCAGAAGACAAAUUGAGAUGGAUCCAUGAUGGUACUGAAUCUCAACUCUUCAAUGGAUCUAAUCCAUGGGAAGAAUGGAUUGACACAUCAGGCAAGAUUUUGGCAAGUUUCUCAACAUAUCCUUGGGGAACAGAUGUUAAAAAAAAGGUGAUUGGCUUAGGAAAUGAACAUCAGGUCAAUCCAGUUUCUUCAGAAUUUAAUGACCUUUGGAAAAAUUGGAGUCCGUUUUUGACAAAUUUCAAAUCAUAUCAAUUAGCAAUCGCCAGCAAAGACUCUUAUCAACUUGCCCAUGAAAUUACAUAUUUCUUAAAGGAUCAAUGUGCAAGUCUCAAAUCCCAGGUUGUUCAAUCAAAGAUUUCAAACUUCUCAACAUCUAUUAGUUUGUUUUUACAGAUAAAAGGCUUGCACAUAAGUCAUGAAUACCAAAAGAAAUUCAAGAUUGGGUAUUCAAGAUAUAAGUCAUCUAGAAAGAGUGAUGCAAAGUGUUACAACAAAAGGAAGGCCAGGGAAGCAAGCAAAGCUUUGACAGGGGCUCCAGAGGCCUCACCCACAGUCUUGGAGUCUAUCACAGAUGUUAAUGCGGAAACAAAAAAGCAACCUACCCACUUGUUUAGUGUUAGUGGACAGGCAGUGAAUGAAGAAAAUGCUCCCCCACUCACUGUUUCAGGAUUGAACAUUGAAUCAGAAAGGAGUCCUCCAUAUCACUCUACAACAUCAGUUUGUUCAGCAAACAGCAAGAUACAGAUGGAGGAAAUUCUUGGCCCAAGCUAUAUAGAAGUUGUCAAUUUUGUAACUCCGUCUGAAAAAGAAUCAGUAGCAUCCUCAAUGAAAAUGAUAUCUCAAAUAAUCAAAAGAUUUGAGAUUUUCUCCAAUCCUGAGGAAACCAAUCAAGCUAGAAAUUUUUGGACCCUAGAGAAGAUUCUACCCUUUAUGUACUUUACUCAAUUUCAAAAACCAACAUCAGAGGUUUGGAAACGUUGCAUCAUGAUCACAUCUUUGGUGUUUUAUGCUUACCAUGAGAAGUAUAUCUUGACAGGGCAGGCUAUAGAUUAUGAUUUGCUGGCAGAAUUCCUAAGGUGGUACACAGAGACCCUGUAUUAUAUUCUACACCCAUCAUUCAAAGGUUUGGCAACACAACAAAAGGACCCUAGUGGGUUUGGCAAGAAGGAGGAGGGAUGUCAUAUGGAUUCUUUAGCAGUAGUAUUUCUAGAAGUUCAUGAUGAUUGUUUCUAUCACAAGAGGUUCUGCAGCCGGAAUUGGCAGGAACGUUAUUCAAUUGCUCAAAAGAUAGUUUCCCAAUUUUCAGAAGACCAAUUGAAAUUGAUCCAUGGUGGUACCAAAUCUCAGCUCUUCAAUGGAUCUAAUCCAUGGGAAGAAUGGAUUGACAUAUCAGGGAAGAUUUUGGCAAGUUUCUCAACAUAUCCUCUGGGAAAAGAUGUUCAAAAAAAGGUGAUUGGCUUAGGAAAUGAACAUCAAAUCAAUCAGGUUGCUUCAGAGUUUAAUGAUCUUUGGAAAAAUUGGAGUCCAUAUAUGACAAAUUUCAAAUCAUAUCAAUUAGCAAUCACAAGCAAAGACUUCUAUCAAUUUGCCCACGAACUUACAUAUUUCUUAAAGGAUCAAUGUGCAAGUCUCAGAUCCCUGGUUGUUCAAUCGAAUAUUUCAAACCUUUCAACAUCUAUUGGUUUGUUUUUACAGAUGAAAGGCUUACACAUAAAUCAUGAAUACCAUGAGAAAUUCAUGAUUGGUUAUUCAAAAUAUAAGUCAUCUAGAAAGAUUGGUGCAAAGUGUUACAACAAAAGGAAGGCCAGGGAAGAAACAGAGCUAGAGGUGCGAAAGAAACCAAAUAGGAUCUAG